AAAACACACGAAGUCUCUUUUUUCCCACGCGACUUGAACGCGGCCUCGAGGGGGGGCGUUCCCGCCUCCUUUGACGUCACCGGGGUCCGUCUCCGCACAUGGAUGGAGGCGUGGAGCACCUCCCUCCUCCUCCUCCUCCUCCUCCUCCUGCUGCUGCUUCUCCUCCUUCAGCUAUUUGCCAGCCAGCCUCGUCGACAUCCAGCCUCGCUCACCGACCUGCUGCUGCGCGGAGUCCCGUCUUCUCGCUCCGAGCUCCGGCGUUUUUCCUCCAGCCUCCGCCCCCCCCCCACCCACCGGUCCUCUCUGGCUCUCUCUCCCCGGUCUGCGAGCGCUCUCACCGGGCAGCGGGUCAAAGUCCGUCAGCGUUCUCCAACUUGCCCUUCAAGACACAUAACAUGGAGAAAAUGGCCAGACCUCUUCCUAUAAAUCCAACUUUCCUGCCGCCGACUCACGGCGUGCUGAAGUCCCUGCUGGAAAACCCGCUGAAGCUGCCUUUCCACCACGACGAAGGAUUUGGGAAAGACAAGGAGAAAGGGAAGAAGCUCGACGAUGAGGGCGCCGCCGCCAACCACCCGCAGUCGGCCUUCCUCGGGCCGACCCUGUGGGACAAAACCCUGCCCUACGACGGGGACAACUUCCAGCUGGAGUACAUGGACCUGGAGGAGUUCCUGUCGGAGAACGGCAUCCCCGCCAACACAGCCCAGAGCGACCGGGCGGUGCAGCAGCAUCAGCAUCAGCAUCAGCAGCAGGCGUCACAGCAGCAGCAGAAGGCGCCGCCGACCAGCCCGACGACACCUUCCGUGGUGGACCUCAGCAGCCGGGCCACCACCUCGGUUCACACGGGCAUGGCGCCGCAGACCUGCCUGCACAGCCCCGGCGCGGCAGCGCUGCCCUCCGCCCGGGACACCCCAAGCCCGAUCGACCCAGAGUCCAUCCAGGUGCCCCUGAGCUACGAGCCCGACCCGGCAGACCUGGCUCUGUCCAGCGUGCCCGGCCAGGAAAUGUUCGACCCCAGGAAACGCAAGUUCUCCGCCGAGGAGCUGAAGCCUCAACCCAUGAUCAAGAAGGCCCGCAAGGUGUUCAUCCCCGAAGACCUGAAGGACGAUCGGUACUGGGCCCGCCGCAGAAAGAACAACGUGGCAGCCAAGAGGUCACGGGACGCCAGGCGGCUCAAGGAGAACCAGAUCGCCAUCCGGGCCGGCUUCCUCGAGAAGGAGAACGCCGCCCUGCGCAUGGAGGUGGCAGACAUGAGGAAGGAGCUGGGCCGCUGCAAGAACAUUCUGGCUAAAUACGAGGCCCGACACGGGCCCCUGUGAGCCCUCCACCUCCUCCACCUUCACCUCCAACACCUCCCAACAACAUAAAAAAAAAA